UGAUGGCGCGUGGAACCCGAUUGGAGCGUCAAUGAAGCCCUCGCGCGGUCUCGACACCUCUUAUAAACCCCCAGAGCGCAGUAAGCGAGGAUACAGCCUGACUGCAGGGACUGGAGCGACAAGUGGCUGCGGGAAAACAACACCAAUGUGUCGGAGCGGGCAGAGGAUGAUGAUGCUGCCGCCUUGCUUACUUGUGGCGUGCUUGCUGCUUGGAUUCGGCCGGGCCGCCUUGUCUUGGACCGGGGAGACCCCGCUGCUGCAGCCUGGGAAUGCGACUCCCAACCUCGACUCCUUCCACACUAACAGCCCAAGCGAGGACGAUGACGGCGGCGAGACAGCCUCCACCGGCCCGGUUCUUAAACCGGAGGAUCCCGGAUUAAUCUGCUACGAGGAUAGAAUGACACUCAAGCUACCCGGCACUGGCGUGAAGGCGCUCCGUGUGCGAGGUGAGGGCGAGGAGGGGCCUCGUGAAGAAUCGCCUCCUUCCAGUGGCGAGCCUGGCCGGGUUUUGCAAGAAAUCAACGGGAUCUCCUCCUUUGUGCUCACCGUGUUCUUCGCAAGGACAGGGGGUGCAGGGCUGGUGAUGAGGUGUCCACAGAGCACCCCCAAAUCUCUCCCCAGCGCAGCCUGUGGGGUCACCACUGUGACCUUUGAACUGCCAGAGGGACCCCUAGAGGAGGUCACAAUCAUAGACCGGUCUGGUUUGGAGAUGCUGAUCAAAGACGCCCCAGAUGAAUGUGCUUUCUACCUGAUGAAGGGAGACGGGAUGAAUGUGCUCACAAUCUCUUACUAUGCCAAGGAUGAAGGCUGUCCUCUUCAAACACAGGUACAAGGUCAAAGCUCUAAAGCCGGCUCAAGGCGCUAUUCUAACCAGUCUUCCUCCCAGAAAAAUACCCUGGUCUUCCAUGUGACGUACAAGGACGCGGAGGGACGGCCAGGCUCCAUAGAGCAGGAGUGUCUCCCAUUAGAACCCCCUGCUGUCUGUGGCCCCUCCAGCAUGAGUACAGAUCUUCCAGAGGGGCCACUAGACCAGGUCUUCAUCCUGGAUGGGAAGAACAACCUGGUUGCUGUGAAGGCCAAUGGCAGUUGUGGCUAUGGGCUGGUCCAGGGGAUUGGGAAGAACUACUUUAUGGCUCCUUACGAUGCUUGUGAUGUGCUGAAACAGAACAUUGACGGCCAUGUCCAUUACUCGCUGUCCGUUUCGUUCUCUGAUGUAAACGAGGUGACUCGCUUGAGGCAUAUGAAGUGCCGUGUCUUGGCUAAGCGUGAGAUCCUCCCUCCCCACCCUGCUGGUGUCUCUGUCUCCUGCAGUGAGGGGUGCAUGACGGUGCUGCUGCCUGCCGGUCCCCUCGACCUGGUCAAAGUCAAGGAUGACUCCAAUAAUCUGGUUGGGGUGCAGUCUGCACCAAGUGCUUGUGGCUACACUCUAGAGGAGAAGGAUGGAAAGACCGUCUUCACAGUGUCUUACACGGCCUGCCAUGUCAAGACCUUGAAUAACUUGUAUGUCCUGACGGUGCUCUUCACCCCCUACUCCUCUCGCCAGAGGGAGGUGACGGUAUCUUCCUGCCCUAUACCCCCAAAUCCCAUCCCCCAAGAAGGCUGUCUGAUCCCAGCUGAGCAGCAGCUUCCCUGUGGCCCCUCUAAGCUCUCUCCAGCGCUGUGCCGGUGGGUUCAUGGUCAUUCUUGGCUGUUUAAAAGCCUGUAUUGGAUUCAAUCUCUCUCUCUCUCCUCAGUGUGCACGGCAGACGAGCAGUUUGUGUUUGCUGUUUACCGCAAGUCUUUCAAUCCUGAGGUCAACCCUGCCAGUCUGGCGCUCGCUGGGGACCAGUCCUGCCUCCCAGUUCUCUGCACUCCAGACUAUGCCAUCUUCAAAUUCCCAGUCACUGGCUGUGGGACCUGCACCUUUGUUGUGGGGGAGACUAGAGUCUACCUGGCUGAGGUGCAGAGCUUGAUCCAACGCAGACAGUGGACCUACGGGCUCGUAACCAGCGACCGUCCCUUUAGUCUCCUUGUGGAAUGUCGUUAUUCUAAAGGGAACGUGGCCAGCACUGGGUUCCUGGUGAAGACCCCCACAGACCUCCGCCCUGCCCCUCACCUGGGGGUGUUUCAGGUGCAGUUACAGAUUGCUAAAGAUGGGACCUUCUCCCAGUUCUACCCCUCCUCCAGCCUGCCCGUGAGUCUCCUCCUGGGGAGCAGAGUUUACCUCGAGCUGCGUCUGAUCAACCCCACUGACCCCAGCCUGGUUCUGCUGGUGCACUACUGCAUUGCUUACCCACGCUCCUCCAGUGCUGUGUGGGUGCUGCUGUACCAGGGUUGUCCAAAUGUCCUGGAUUACGGCAGCUCUGCGUCUCUGCACGUGGACGGCCAGCCCCCCCACUCCAAAUUCAGACGACGCUUCAGUCUCCGAACAUUCCAGUUCCUGAGCAGUGGGCUAGCCCUGGACGAGGAGAUCUCCUUCAUGUGCUCCACUGAAGUCUGUUCUCCAGACCAGCGCCGCUGCAAUGAGGGUUGCUUUGAUGGGAGAGACACUCCCAUCUCAGUCGACCCCAGUAUGAGACUGCGCUGUGCUGGUAAUCCCUGCCCAGGGAGGGUGAUGCUGGAGGGAGCCUAGUGAAGGAGCUCAGAGCCCAGGCAGGAAACUCAGCCCUAAGACUACAGUAACCAUUUCAAAUAAAAAGAACCAACCCA